AUGAAAUCAAGAUAUUAAGGCACUAUGAAUUGGGAUUUUGGUCAUCAAAACAACAUGAUGCCUACAUUAACUUUAGUAUAGAGCCGUAACGCAGGAUUUGGAAGUCCGGGGCUGCUCUUGGAAAGGCCUUAAGUCGCUCAAGAUCUCUGUCCCCUUUUGGAACUUAUUAAAGAGCACACAUUGUAUGAUUAUAUGGAAUUCCAAAAAUAAUUUGCCUCAAUGAACAGAACAAACAAAGAGGAUUAGAUAGGAAUUAUAUAUAAUUUCCCAUCCCAGUAUCAUAAAUAAAUGAUACCAAAUCCAGAGUAAAAAAAAAAUUAAAUACCAUAGCUACAUAGCUAUCAGUAUUGGUAAGUAGGUAGAUACAGCGAGGAAAACCUAUAUAAUCGAAAAAUCUUUAAGAAUGUGUAAGUUUAUGGUAUCAUUGAUGAGAGGAAUAAGCAAAAAGGAGAGUAAAAAACUUUUUAGUGCUAUAUGA